CAAUUCGAAAGCUAUGAUGUUAUGUCCGUAGGCUCAGUUCUGUACUCUCACAUCCCACCAGGUUCUGCACAUACGAUCCUGUCCUCCAAUACCUGGCAAACACAACAUGAUAAGUCUCAAGGAGAACCGCACUCUGCGCAUUCUGAACGCGGCAGCCGCAGGCAAAUAUGGUGUUCUCGCAGCCAUUGCCUACAAUAUCGAACAGCUCGAAGCUCUUAUCCGUGCCGCUGAAGCAAAGCGCUCACCCUUGAUUAUCCAACUCUUCCCUUCAACACUGACACAAGUUCCUCUGCUGGCGCACGCAGCUGCACACGCGGUCAAGGCUGCAACGGUCCCGCUGUCAUUACACAUUGAUCAUGCGCAAAACGAAGCGCAGAUCCACGAGAUCAUCGCAACACUACCAGUCGACUCUGUCAUGGUCGACAUGUCGCAUUACGAAGAGGCCGAGAACCUCGAGAAAACAGAGCACUUGACAAAAGAGUGCCAUGCGAAAGGCAUCGCGGUGGAGGCUGAGAGCGGGAGGAUAAAUGGUGGGGAAGACGGCAUUGCAGAUACUGGCGAUCUGGAAGCUCUCUUCACAUCCCCAGAAGACGUCGACAAAUUCAUCUCCGCCGGCAUCGACAUCCUGGCGCCCUCAGUCGGCAACGUACACGGCGAUUACGGGCCCUCUGGCCCUGCAGAAGGGCAGAUCCACUUCGAUCGCCUCGAGGCUAUCGACAAGCAGAUCAAUAACCGUUUACUGGUUGCGCUGCACGGCACAAAUGACUUCCCAGCAGAAGUUAUGAAGAGGUGCAUACGCGCCGGCGCGAUCAAGCUGAAUGUCAACAAGCUGUUGCUAGAAGUCGGGAAUGAGGUACUCAGGAAGAAUGCCGCAAGUACGCCGCUGGUGAAGUUGAUCGAUCAGCAAAUAGAAGUCAUACAAGCGGAGACGGAGCGAUGGAUGGAUAUUUGCGGAAGCAGUGGGAAGGCAUGAGACAUCUUUAGGGGUAGCUAACAGAUAUGGUAUCGUCUUUAGCAGCUAUACGAAUUGACAUGUGC